ACCUAGCUGCGGGAAGCUGCGCCCUCAGCUGGCACACACUUAUCAGUGUAGCCAGGAGGAAGCGCUUGGGAUCGGCAGGUGCAACCGCACUCUGAGCCCCGCACCCGAGACUCUGCGGGUCGGAGCCCACUGAGCACCUGAGCCCAGACAGCUGCAGGGAGAGCCGCCACCGCCCCGCGCCCUGCUCCCGGAGCUUCUCAGCCUCUGCUCCUCCAAGCCCCGCGCCUCGCAGUCCGGACAGUCCUGCGGGAGCACUGCUGCGGGAAGCGCCGCCACCGCCCCGCGCCCCUGGGCCUCUGAGGUCUGAGCCUCUGAACCUGACAGCCCUGGGGGAGAUACGACACCGCCCUGCACCGUGCAGCCCCGCGCCCUUGCACCCCCGAGCCCCUGCAUCCCGCGCUCCCUUGUAUCCCGUGACGCCCCUGACCUCCUGCACCCCGGUAUCCGUGCACCCCGACUCCGCUUCAGGGAGCACUGCCACUGCUCCUGAACCCCAUCCGCAGCCCCUGCACCCCGUGCCACUGACCUGCAUCCCCGCGCCCCAGCAUUCUUACGCCACUUCGGGGAGUGCAGUCACUGGCCCUUUCCGUCUCCCUCCCCGCCCUUGCACCCCGACUCCGCAUAGGGGAGCACCGCCACUGCUCGCGACCUGCACCCCCGCACCCCAACUCCACUGCAGAGGCGCCACCACCGCUGGGGACAUGGGGCGCGGGGCUCGGGCCGCCCUGGCUCUGGGACUGCUGCUUGGCCUGGCCCACGCCAACUUUGCCCCCCAUUUCUUCGACAAUGGUGUGGGCAGCACCAAUGGAAACAUGGCCCUGUUCAGCCUCCCGGAGGACACCCCUGUAGGCUCUCAUGUGUACACCCUGAAUGGGACAGACCUCGAUGGAGACCCUGUCUCCUAUCACAUCAGCUUUGACACCAACACUAGAAGAGUCUUUUCUGUGGAUGCCAGUUUUGGAAACAUCACUCUGGUUGAAGAAUUGGACAGAGAGCAAGAGGACGAGGUUGAAGCCAUUAUCAGCAUUUCUGACGGCCUUAAUGUGGUGGCAGAGAAAGUUGUGAUCCUGGUGACAGAUGCCAAUGAUGAAGCACCCAGCUUCAUCCAGGAGCCUUACAUCGUCCAGGUCCCUGAGGACACACCAGCUGGGAGCAGUAUCUUUAAGGUCCAAGCCCUCGACAAAGACACAGGCUCUGGAGGGAGUGUCACCUAUUUCCUGCAGAAUCAACACUCCAGCAAAUUCACCAUGGACCGGCACAGCGGCGUGCUGCGCCUCCGGCCUGGAGCUGCACUGGACUAUGAGAAAACCAGAGCCCAUUUCGUCACUGUGGUGGCCAAGGAUGGUGGUGGGAAGCUGAGAGGAGCUGAUGUGGUGCUCUCGACCACCACUGUGGUCACUGUCAAUGUGGAGGAUGUACAGGACAUGCCUCCUGUCUUCGUGGGCACCCCCUACUAUGGCUAUGUGUAUGAAGACACACUUCCGGGCUCGGAGGUACUGACAGUUGUAGCCAUGGAUGGAGACCGGGGCAAACCCAACCACAUUGUCUACAGUCUUGUGAAUGCAGGGAGCGACAGAGCCUUUGAAAUCAAUGAGACAUCGGGAGCCAUUUCGGUCACACAAAGUCCCUCCCAGCUGCGAAGAGAGGUGUAUGAACUCUUGGUGCAGGUGACAGAAGUCAGCUCUGCAGGGAGCCCCGCUGCCCAGGCCACGGCCCUGGUCACCAUCCGGAUCAUGGACCUCAACAACCACCCACCUACAUUCUACGGAGAGAGCGGACCCCAAAACAGAUUUGAACUAUCCAUGUAUGAGCACCCACCCCAGGGGGAGAUUCUACACGGCCUCAAGAUCACUGUCAAUGACUCAGACCAGGGAGCUAAUGCCAAAUUCAACUUGCGGCUGGUGGGGCCUGGGGGCAUCUUCAGAGUGGUCCCACAGACAGUCCUAAACGAAGCCCAAGUGACGAUCAUUGUGGAGAACUCAGCUGCUAUUGACUUUGAAAAAUUCAAAGUGUUGACCUUCAAGCUCCUGGCCAUUGAAGUGAACACGCCUGAGAAGUUCAGUUCCACAGCAGAUGUUGUCAUUCAGCUCCUGGAUACCAAUGACAACGUCCCCAAGUUCACAUCCCAGUACUACAUCGCCAGGAUCCCUGAGAACACCCCAGGGGGCUCCCAUGUGCUAGCUGUCACGGCCAUGGAUCCAGACACAGGUCCCUGGGGCGAAGUCAAAUAUUCCAUCUAUGGGUCUGGGGCAGACCUCUUCCUGAUCCAGCCAUCCUCUGGGCUUAUCUACACCCAGCCCUGGGCCAGUCUGGAUGCAGAGGCCACGGCCAGGUACAACUUCUACGUGAAGGCAGAGGACAUGGAAGGCAGAAGCAGCUUGGCGGAGGUGUUUGUCACUCUGCUGGAUGUCAAUGACCACUACCCGCAGUUUGGGAACUCCGUCCAGGAGAAGACCAUGGUGCUGGGAACCCCACUGAAGAUUGAGGCCACAGACCAGGAUGCAGAGGAGCCCAACAACCUGGUGGACUAUUCCAUCACCCAUGCAGACCCAGUCAACGUGUUUGACAUUGAUGCACACACAGGAGAGAUUAGGCUCAAGAACUCCAUCCGCUCUCUGGAUGCCCUGCACAACAUCACAUCCAGUGAGGGCCACACCUGGUCCCUGGAAGUGCAGGCCAGGGACCGAGGCUCCCCAUCCUUCAGCACCACAGCCUUGCUGAAGAUUGACAUCAUUGACACAGAGAUGCUGUCUCAAGGGCCCAUGGCCGCCUUCCUAAUGCAGACCAAAGACAACCCGAUGAAGGCAGUGGGUGUGCUGGCCGGUAUCACUGCCACUAUCGUGGCCAUAACCGUCCUCAUCUCCACCGCCACCUUCUGGCGCAACAAGAAGUCCAACAAGGUCCUGCCAGUGCGGCGGGUAUUCCGCAAGCGACCCAGCCCCCCACCCCGCAAAGUGAGGGUCAAAUGGCUCAAGUUUCGGAGGACCAAGGCUGCAGCCAAGUUUGUGCUCAGAGAAGAUCCUCCCAAUGGGAACUGCAACAACAGCCUGCCCCUCAGGGUUCCCCCUCCUCCUCCCCCGCCCAGCAUGGAGCCCACCACCAUCACAGCCACCACCACCACCAUGGCCCACUGCAUUGUGCCCACCAUCUCUGGCUCAUUCACCCUACAGCAGCCCUGCACGUCAUCAAAGCCCAAGGUCCCAGGAAGCCCUGUGCAGUCAGCUCUGGUCUCUGAGCUCAGGCAAAAGUUCGAGAAGAGUGCCAGCAGCAAGCUUGACUUCUAAGAUGUGUCUGGUGUGUCCUUUCCUUACCCCAGCUGUCCCGUUGCUUGGACCACCCACCCCUUACCUCUGCUCCUUACCUGUUCCCACAUGCAGGGCUCUGGAAAGCGCCUGGGCAGUGGGGUUCUGGCUAACAAGGUAGAGGGCAAGUGCUACUCUCCAUCCUGCAGAGCUGAGACUCAGCACACAGUCAAUUCUGAUGAUGUUCCAUUCACCAACUCCAGACAUCCCUUGAGUCCUGGAACCACAGCAUCUGUAGUCCAGAAGCAGGGCUCCAGCCACCUGUGACAAGGCCAGCUAGAACUGGAACCCUGAAAGCCUCUGGCUUAAGAGGAGGAAGAAGAAAAGGAGCUUCAGUGGAAGGUUGGGGUCUGCCAGCAUUGCCUUCUGAGAGAGAGUGUAUACAGACUCUGGAAAUGUGCGCUGACUGUGGACUGGUGCCUGAAGUCAUUAGGAUAAUGGGGGAGGGUGGAGUACAGAGACAGUGGGCUCCUGCUCCACCCACAUGGGGUCAAAGAUACUGAGGAAUUAUCUGGCUUCCACAAGAGUGAAGACAAGUAUCUCCAGCUACAGCAGGCUUGGGCCAAGACUUCCUUAAGCCAGAUUUAUAGUGGUAGCACUAGAGGCAUCCAAAAGAUUAUCAAGCCCUCUUGCUAAAACGCUGCCCUACCACAUAUUCAGGCCAGAGAUCUGGCUGUGAUCUGAGGGAACCUUUGUUUUGAUGAGGCUCUUCUGCUCAUAUGGUGUAAUAUUUGGAAAGUUCUUGGGGGCCAGUGGUGGUGCACCAGGUUAAACACACAUAGUACAAAGUGCAAGGACUGUCUCAAGGAUCCAGGUUUCAGUCCCAGUCCCUGGCUCCCCACCUGUGUGGGGGAGAGAUUUACAAGCAGUGAAGCAGGUCUGCUGGUACCCCCCUCCUCUCAAUUUCUCUCUGUCCUAUUCAAUAAAAUGGGUGGGGGGUGGUAGUCACCAGGAGCAGCAGAUUCAUAGUUGCCGGCACUGAGCUCCAGCAAUUACCCUAAAGGAAAAAAAAAAGUUAUUUCAACAAAAAGACUUUCAGGCCUGAAGAACUAAUGUCCCAAGUUCAAUCCCCAGCACCACCAUAAGCCAGAGCUGAGCAGUGCUCUGGUUAAAAAAAAAAAAAAAAAAAGUUGUUUCAAUUCCCUCACCAGCCUCUCUUAGUGUUUUGUAAAGUGAGGCAAGAGAAUUUCUUUAUAUAUAUUUAUUUAUUUAUUUAUUUAUUUUCCACUUUGUUGCCCUUGUUGUUUAACAUUGUUGUGGUUAUUGAUGUCAUUGUUGUUGGAUAGGACAGAGAGAAAUGGAGAGAGGAGGGGAAGACAGAGAGGCGGAGAGAGAGACAUCUGCAAACCUGCUUCACCUCCUGUGAAGCGACUCCCCUGCAGGUGGGGAGCCGGGGGCUUGAACUGGGAUCCUUAUCCUGGUCCUUGUGCUUUAAGCCACCUGUGCUUAACCCGCUGCGCCACUGCCCAACUCCCGAGGCAAGAGAAUUUCAUCAACCUCACUCAUAGAUCUAGAGUGAGGGUGGAAGUAAACAGGCUGAUGAUACAGAGAAGCACAAAUGGAAAUUGAUUUUUCUGCAGGUCAAUUUGCUCUUGUAGAAAGUCUUAGGAAGGACCCUCUUAGGGUCUCUGCCAAGCAACCCCCAGGCAGUACUGUGCUGGGUUGGGAGCUGUCACUCACUCUCUACACCAAAGCUGGGACAAUGGCAUUUACUCUCUACUCAUACACCUCCCUUGCUUUUCUACCCACCAUCUUACCGUCAUGGCUCUGGCCAGCCACCAUCAGAGAGGACCAGUGCUGGACAUGUUCAGUGCUGAAACGACUAGAAAGAGUUCCCCCAGAGAGGAGUAAGUGCCCAAGGACUCUCAGCAGCUCAGGAGCAGGGACCUGGUUAGAUUGCCCCAAGGCCUUGGCAUGUUUGUCUGUCUAGGAACACCUGGUCCAUUUGUGAUGCCCACCUCAGGAGAGAAGACAUACAGUCCUUUAUGUUUAAUACAAAGAGACUGUGCCUGAUUUAGGGACCCCCUACCUUUAGGAAAGCCAGUUGUAUUCAAAGGAGAGUUGAAAGAGACAAAGAGAUAGACAUGUUUUCAUUUUUCUUGACUUACUAAUAAUUCUUUUAGAUUAUGCCAGUGACUUUUUAGAAACAGGUUAUGUCCAUGUGUGAUUUUCUUGAUUUCUGAGUCUCCUUUUUGAGCUUUUACUCAGAUGUGCCAGUAUGCAGACUCCUGGUUGGGUUCUGCAGUUUCUAAACCCAAGAGUAUUAAGUAAGAAAUGGGUUCAAAUAGGUCAAAAGCCCAGGCUGAACAAACAAGCCCUUUACAGCCUUAUUUUCCAAGAGGCUAUUUGGAUUGUGUUUGUCUUCUAAAAAAUAAAAACCCCAUCCUUACAAUGUGCAUGCUGUCCCACUGUUUUGUAAAGUAUAAAUAAAAUCUGGCAAAUGACCUUG